AUGGCUGCUGCAGUUGCCUCUUUGUUCGGUUACAAGUCCUCUCAAGGAGGCACACAAGAAAAGACUGACAGUGAAGUUCCAAGGGCCCUCCCGGCCUCUUGGUAUCGGUCUCCUGAAAUGUACGAGCUGGAGAGACGAGCGAUUUUCUCGAAGAAAUGGAUUUUAGUCACCCACAAGCUGCGCUUUAACAAGCCUGGCGACUUUCUCCGCUUUGAAGAAGCUGGAUUCUCCUUUGUGAUCACCAAGGACCGUGAAGGAAAACUAAACGGUUUCCAUAAUAUUUGCCGCCAUCGCGCCUUCCCACUUAUUAACGAGGAUCAAGGGAACGUGAAGAUCCUGUCGUGCAAGUACCACGGAUGGUCUUACGGACUGAACGGCAAGCUAGCCAAAGCACCCAAAUUCGACGACGUCCCAGGCUUCAAAAAAGAAGAACAAAGUUUGUUUCCGGUCCAUGUACACGAAGAUGCCCUGGGCUUCAUUUGGGUGAAUCUCGACACCGACAAGCCCAUCCCUUGGGAGGAAGACUUCAAGGGCGUCGAUACGCAAGAACGAUUCAAGAACUUCGACUUCACCCAGUAUAAAUUUGAUCAUACCUGGGGAAUGACUGGUGAUUAUAACUGGAAGACUCUCGCCGACAACUACAAUGAGUGCUACCACUGCACUGUUGCCCACCCCGAUGUUGCCAACCUGGCCGACUUGUCAUAUUACUACACGGUUUCGACUCCGGGCCAUAUCCAACACUUUUCUCGGCCACUGGCAGACAAGGUCGACGAAGACAUUCAGAAUGCCAGUACUUAUUACUUCCCUAACGCCUGCAUGACUGUAUCUCCUCAUUUCUUUUACAUGAUGCGAUGUGUGCCGACAUCCGCCGGGACGUGCUCCAUGGAAUAUGAGGUUUAUCGUCACAAGGAUGCUUCGGACCACGAUUUUGAACACAUCGAUGGUUUUUUCAAGCGCGUUCUGGAUGAAGAUAAGCAUCUUUGCAAUGCGGCACAGAAGAAUUUGAAUGCUGGCGUUUUCAACACAGUCAGAUCAUUACUGCGAAGUCAUCGGGAUGAGGAGCGGAAGAAAGGUCGCGAAAUUUGGCCUGCUCGACAAAAUGCAGCUGGACAAGCUACCGCAGAGGAUCUCGAGUUCUGUGCAGGGCUGUCAUGCUCUGGAUCGAGCGAGCUCGAGUGGUAG